UAAAAACUAAAUCUUGAGAUCAGUUGUUUUCCUUCAUUUUGGCUAUCCAAGAGAAUAUGGCUGAGGCUGUUGUUUCUUUUCUCGUGGAAAGAGUUGGUGACUACAUCAUUCAAGAAGGCAGAUCCUUGUCCGGACUUCGCGAUCAAGUUGAGCGUGCACAUACAGACCUACUAUUCAUCAAGGGCUUCCUCAAAGAUGCAGACGCAAAGCGACGAGAUAGUGAGGCAAUACGCAUUUUUGUUGCCAGAAUUAGAGAUGCUGCUUAUGAUCUGGAGGAUGUCAUUGAAGCUUUUGUCUUGAAGGUGGAUUCCAAGAGGAAAGGAGGUCUGAAGAAUGUUUUGAAGAGGUUGGGGUGCAUCUUCAUUGAAGGAGUUAGUCGUCACAAGAUUGGGUUAGAAAUUGGGGUAAUUACUACCACGAUCUCUGAUUUGAAGCAGAACUUGCAAACUUAUGAUAUCAAGGAGAUAAGGGAUUCCUCUACUUCACUCGAAUUGUGUGAAAGGCAACAACUACUGAGGCGAACUUACUCUCAUGUUCUUGAGCGUAAUGUUGUCGGGUUAGAAGAUUGUGUACGUGAAUUGGUUGGGCAUUUGGUGAAGGAAGAGCAUCGCCACCGAGUUGUUUCUAUUAUUGGGAUGGGCGGAUCUGGGAAGACAACUAUUGCUAAACAAGUUUAUCAUCACAAAGAGGUAACAGACCAUUUUGAUUGUUUGGCUUGGGUUUGUAUAUCUCAACAAUAUCAAGUCAGGGAUGUCUUGGAGAGGAUAUAUGUCAAACUUAUUUCCCCUACAAAAGAGGAGAGAGAAGAAAUCAAAAAUUUGAAGGAUGACGAAAUACCAGGGAGGCUUUCUCGUCUCCAAAAUGAAAGAAAAUGUUUGAUUGUCCUUGAUGACAUUUGGAAAACAGAGGCCUGGGACUUUUUGAAGGCUGCAUUUGAAUGCCAUGAAGACUCAAAGAGCAGGAUACUACUUACGACACGCAAUGAACAAGUAGCUUCGCAUGCCGAUGAGAGCGGUUUUCACUACCGACCUCCAGCACUAAAUGAGUCUGAGAGUUGGGAGCUGUUUGAGAAGAUUGCAAUGAGCGGAAGGAAAGCUGGAAUAGGUGCUGAAGUUUACACGAAGAUGGAAGAAUUAGGAAAAGAGAUGGUUCAACAUUGUAAGGGUCUGCCACUAGCUAUCAUUGUACUUGCUGGACUUCUUGCUAGAAAAAACACAAUUAAAGAUUGGAUAAACAUACAAGAAAAUGUUGGUGUUUACGUAAGUAGAGGUUUUGGUCGCCAGGAAGAAGAACAUGCAUAUGCAUCAUGGGUGUUGGCGUUGAGUUAUGAUGACUUGCCGUAUCACUUAAAACCCUGUUUCCUAUAUUUCGGACAUUUUCCAGAGGAUCAUGAGAUCCGAGUGAACAGUUUGACAAGAUUAUGGAUUGCAGAAGGUUUUAUUUCUUUGACACAACAAAGACAAAGUUCUGGGGAAACAAUGGAGAAUGUGGCAUACAAUUGGUUGAAUGAGUUGGUAGAAAGGUGUGUGAUUCAAGUAGGACAGAGAAGUUCAACUUCUGAGAAUAUUAAAACUUGCAGGAUGCAUGAUCUUUUGCGAGAUUUGUGUUUGAGGAAGGCGGAAGAGGAAAAUUUUCUCCAAGUUGUCAAGGGUUCUCAUAAAAAUGAGGCAAUGCAUCCAAUUUCUUCUUCUUCCUCCACGGUAACCUAUGUAUCACCAAUGGGUAAGUUUCGAAGACUUGCCGUCUACUUGGAUGAGAAUGAUGAUAAAUUGGUACCCUCACUUGGGGAAAGAGGUGGGCACCUUAGGUCCUUGUUAUAUUUUGGCCCCAACGAUUAUCAUUGGUUUCCUAAAAGGAAAGAAUUGAUACCUUCCAUGUUCAAGGAUUUCAAAUUACUCAGAGCGUUGAGGAUUGAAGGUAUGAAUGAUAGAGAAGUCGAAAUAGAGCUGCCUAGAGAAAUUGGAAACAUGGUCCACUUGAGGUUUCUGAGUCUAAGGAACAGUAAUAUAAAAUCGUUUCCUCCGUUCCUAGGAAACUUGAUUUGUUUGCAGACACUUGAUUUCCAUGUUAGAAAUGACCACAUGUUUAUCCCAAAUGUGAUAUGCAAGAUGAAUAAGUUGAGACAUUUAUACCUGCCAUAUGAUUACACGGCAAGAGGUAAACUGCAGCUAUCUACUCUCGGUGAUUUGCAAACUUUAAAUUCUAUUUCGAGUAGACGUUGUGAUUUGAAUGAUCUUGCUAAACUAGGCAAUCUAAGGAAACUGAAAAUACAAUUGUCAUCUAGCCAAUCGAAAAAUCUGGAGAAAAUCUUGGAUGCGGCAGGCUGCGUGCUCAACGGUAUUCGGUCCCUGCGGUUGGACAACGAGGUUGGAAUGGAAAGCGGUGCAGAGGUUAGUCAAAUAGUUGCAAGGUGCGGUCAAAUAUACAAGUUGGUGCUGUGGGGGCCCACACUAGAACUACCGAAAGAGUUCCACUCCUAUUCAAACCUCACCAACUUACUUUUGUGUCAAUGUGCUCUCAAGGGCGACCAAAUGGCCUUACUAGAGAAGCUGCCCAACCUGAAAAGUCUUGAUCUGUCGGAUAAUGUGUUUGAGAAAAAUACAGAAGUAUUGGUUUUCUCCGCUGGAAGCUUUCCUCGUCUUCAGUUUCUUAGACUUACGGAUUUGGAAAUAAGAGAGUGGAGGGUGGAGGAAGGAGCCAUGCCUUGUCUCUGCAAAUUGGCCAUUGUUCAGUGCAGAGAAUUGAGUACGGUUCCAGAUGGGCUGAGACACCUUACUACGCUCAAGGAAUUGGAUAUUGUGGGUAUGCCUAAACGAUUCUGUAGUAAGCUUGAGGAAGGAGGAGAGGACUUCCAUAAAGUCCAACACAUCCCUUCCCUUAUGUUUUAUUUUCCGAGGGAUUAAAAGAGUGACCAUGCCUGUACAAGCACGUAGGCCCACAAUGUACAGCUUCUGUUUGAGGAAAAUCCCCUGCAUUCAAACAUAUCUAUCAAAAUGGCUAUACAAAUUUAUCAGAUUCUGCUUGUCAUUGCCUGAAAGAUGGAUGAUUUUCAGAGCAACUUCAAGAUCUAUGGGGAUUAAUUGAAGGCAAACAAAGUGAGCUGACAAGAGGGGUCGAUGGUUCCCAUGAGUUGAGAACUGGAAAGUUUUUCUACUACUUGUGGUGUUAUUGAAUAAAUUGAAAUCAAUGUGCACCUUUGUUAGAAAUGUUUUCUUAUAUUUUUUCUUGGAUUGCUGUAUUUGUGUGCUUCCUAUUUAGAAUUUUUCCACUGGUUAAUGAGCAAGACAUUGAGAGGUUUAUGUUGCUGCCUUGUUGGAUAUAUAAUUGUUGUCUGAUAUAAAAUGCCUAUGGCUUUUAUUGUU